AUGGAUCCUGGACGAAGAGCCAUGUUGGAAGGUCGCGCGCCUCGGGAAAGAGAUAUCACUUCUCCACGUCGCGACGAUGCCAAUCGAGUUUCAAAACCACAACGACCGGCAGGCAACUCCAAUUCUAGGCCUUAUCGCAACAACCAAAGUUUCGAAGACGAACAAUCAAAAAAAUGGUUAGCAGAAGAGGAUACGUUCGUUCUAAAGCAAGCAAAGAAGAAGGCAGACAUCAGAGUUCGAGAAGGAAGAGCGAAACCAAUUGACUGGUUGGCGGUCAUUCUUCGAGUGAUCGAUCCCGAUAAAGAUCUCCUUGAUGCCGAUGAAGAAGAGGUUCAACUCGAUGUUGUAGACCCAGAGGGUGUGUUUGAAGGACUUGAUGAUGGGCAACUAGGAGACCUGGAGACCGACAUUAAUUCUUACAUUGCUUUGGAGAAGAACAAAAAGAAUCAAGAUUAUUGGAAGACGAUGCAAAUCAUCUGUCAUGAGCGCCGUCAGAAAUUAAAACCAGUCGGCCCUAAUGAACGAGCCGUAAGCUCUGUUGCUGCAGAUGUGGACAAACUACUAGGACCCAAAACAUAUGAGCAGCUGGAAAGUCUGGAGGGACAGAUUAGGGCAAAGCUCCGUUCGAACGAACCAAUAGAUACGGAUUAUUGGGAACAACUUUUGAAGAGUUUAUUGAUUUGGAAGGCGAAAGCUAAACUAAAGAAGGUGUACCAAUCUGUGCUGGACACUCGGCUCGACGCCUUACGAAGAGAACAACAGGAGGAGGCAGAAAGUGUUCAAAAGAAGUUACGAGUACUAUUGUCUGGCCCAACGCUAGUGGUUGAAGAGGGAUCCGAAAUACCAAGUUCAAUCGCCGCGCAAACAUCUCGUCGUCAGCCUCACUUUGCAUACUCAGAGAAGCAUGACCCAGAACCGUUACUCAAACUACGGACUGAAGACAAAUCUGGCGAGAUUAUUGACGAAUCUGAUUUCCUCAAAAAGAUCGUGGCCGAGCGCCGCAAAGUCUUGAAGCUAGGUUACGUGCCUUCACGUCCACUUGGUCCAGAGAAGAGUAUUCCAGGCUCCAUCAGUAAACCCAUCACAUCUGUCAACAAUGCGCCUCCAGGUACACAGCGCUUUUCCGCCGUAGUCACUGAAGAUUUCUCACAAGCUACAAAAGCAUUGUACGAUAGAGAGGUGGCAAGAGGGGUAAAUGAGAAUGAGGAAAUCUUCACGGCGGAGGAAAGUCUUACAACGACUUCGGCUCCUCAAUGGGCAGAUAAAUACAGGCCAAGGAAACCGCGAUAUUUCAAUCGAGUUCAAAUGGGUUACGAGUGGAACAAAUACAACCAAACUCAUUACGACCAUGACAAUCCCCCUCCAAAAGUCGUUCAGGGUUACAAAUUCAACAUAUUUUAUCCCGAUCUCAUAGAUAAAGCAAAGGCGCCAACAUUUCGAAUCAUUCGGGAACAUGGUCGAAAGAGAGGAGAAUCAUUUGCGCCUGCUGGAGAGGAAGAUACGUGUCUACUUCGCUUCAUAGCUGGACCUCCUUAUGAGGACAUUGCCUUCCGUAUUGUCGAUAAAGAAUGGGAUUAUUCUGCGAAGAAAGAUCGUGGCUUUCGCAGUACUUUUGACAAGGGUAUUCUCCAAUUACACUUUCAAUUCAAAAAGAUAUACUACCGAAAGUAA